UGUUGCCAGAUGAUACCGUCAUCGGCCUCAAAUUGAGACUUAAUCAAGAGAGGAAAUCAACCAUCUUGCAAGGUGGUGCUCAGAGAUCCUUCUACUGCUAAAUAUCGGUGAUCGGAUGAGGAUAUUACUCAGCCACAAGCUAUCCAUCCUGAGUGAUACUGGUUCCACCAGGUCUUCAGGGUGAACAUGUCUGUCAACAUUCCCGGAGUGAUAGCCAUGCUGUUCUUCUACCUGCUGGUGCUCGGAGUCGGCAUCUGGGCUUCCAUCAAGUCCAAGAAGGAGGAGAACAAAAGUGCGGCCGACAAAAUAGAGAUGGCGCUGCUGGGAAACCGAAGCAUAACGAAGGUGGUGGGGAUCUUCACAAUGACAGCCACUUGGGUUGGAGGCUGCCUGAUCAUGGGCGUAACCGAGAUGAUAUACACCCCCUCUAUGGGACUAACGUCAGCGUUAGUCUUCUUAUCAGCUUUAUCUUUUUCGUUGAUUUUAGGUGGCCUUGUGUUCAUCAAGCCAAUGAGAGACAAAAGAUAUGUAACCAUGUUGGACCCUUUCCAGAUCAAGUAUGGAAAAGCAUUCGCAGCCGUUCAGUCACUGGGUGCACUCCUAAGCGAUAUUUUGUGGUUGGCUGGAACACUUAUAAGCUUAGGUGCCACCAUGAAUGUGAUUUUGGAUUUGCCUUACUCUGUGAGCAUCUGGAUCUCCGCUACCGUGGUGAUUCUCUACACCCUGCUGGGCGGUUUCUACUCUGUGGCAUACACGGACAUCAUCCAGGUCCUGCUCAUAUUCAUCACCAUGUGUAUCUGCGUCCCGUUCAUCCUGACCAACCCCUUCUCCGUGGACAUCACUCAGACGGUCAUGAACAACACGUUUCAGGCGCCGUGGAUCGGUAGACUGGACGGAAAGUUUGUUUGGACCUUGAUCGAUACCUUCUUAUUAAUGGGAAUGGGAGGCAUGGGAUACCAAUCUUUCCACCAGAGGACCUUGUCGGCUACUUCCACAUCGGCAGCUCGGGUCACAUGCUUUGUUGCGGCCUUCACUAUCUUGAUAUUUGGAAUCCCUCCGAUACUGAUCGGGGCAGUGGCUGUAUCCACAGACUGGAACCUCACUUCUUUUGGUUCUCCGUCUCCGUUGGACAGUGGGAAGGGAGCUAUGAUCCUGCCGAUCGCCCUGAACCACCUCACCCCGGCCUUCGUCUCUAUCAUUGGCACCGCAGCCAUUUCUGCUGCUGUCAUGUCCUCAGCCGACUCCGCUCUGAUCUCCAUAGCCUCCAUUUUCACUUGUAACAUCUACAGGCCUAUCCUGAGGCCUCGGGCAUCCCAGAGAGAGAUCCAGUGGGUGAUCCGUGUGACUGUGGUUGUGGCAGGCUUGAUCGGCGUAUCACUCACCAACAUCAAAAAUAGCAUCAUUUUGUUGGUGUUCCUUGGUGCCGAAGUCUGCUACAUCUUGAUCUUCUCUCAGCUCGUCUGCGUCCUCUUCUUCAAAAUAUCCAACUUCUACGGGGCUGCCGCGGGUUGGCUGAUCGGGUUGGUGUUGAGACUGCUCUGUGGAGAGCCGUCGCUGGGGUUAGCGCCAGUCAUACACUUCCCGGGAUGCACUCUGGAGGAUGGCGUUUACGUCCAGUACGCUCCAGUGAGGACCAUCUCCAUGCUGUCGGCCUUCGCUGCCAACUUGUGCUUCUCCUACCUGGCCGCCUUGCUUUUCAACAAAGGGUUGCUUCCUGAGAAAUGGGACGUGUUCAAUUUGAAAGUCCAGGACUCCGCUGACAACAAGACGUACAACGAGAAGGAAUCGUUUGAUGAGACAGAAUCUCCUCAAGAUAAAUUGGAGCCGAUGAUUAACACCACAUGUUAACUUUACCAAAGACUUUUACCCUGCGGCAAUAUUCGUAUUCUCCCUCUUCCACCACAUACUUUGGGCCACUCAGGGUCUUUUCCAAGAGAUUUUAUUAAGAUAUAUAUAUAUAUAUAUAUUGAUAUUGUUUAUAAUAUACAUUUAUAUAAACACCUCUCGUUAGUAGCCACACAAUAAAGAUGUAUUGCGAAAUGUUCUAUUUUUAUCAACAUGCAAUCAUUUUGUUUUAGAAUAUUUAAGCUACUGUAUUUGGGUUUUUCAUAAACAGGAUGAAGGCUUAUUUUGUGAGAAUGAGGAGGCCUGGAACAAAGAACUUGACCAGAGACGAUCACGUUGCUUGUGAUAUGUAUGAGGUGACGUCGCCAGAGAGAAGCCGUUGUCAAACCUUUAAAAUUGUUUUUGGUAAGAGCUUUUCAAAUUUUACAAUAACAAUGACACUUAAUCAAAAAUAAAUUGCUUACAUUUAGUCCACAGCAGCAUGUAUACAGUUAUUUUUUAUGAGAAACCAUUUUAGAAAGAAAGACAUCAAUUAAAUAUUGCCUUUUAUAUUAUUAUUAUUGCCUUUUAGCUCACCCUGUCUGACAUACUAUAUAACAUACCAUUAUUAUUAAAUAUGGUAUUUAUUUAUUCUAUACUAUACUGUACCAUGCUGUCAUAUUACAUGUUAUAUUAGGUUGUACUGCUAUAUUCUGUGCUUUGUUAAAGUGUUGACAUGUUCCACAGGUGUAACAAAUGUGGAACACAAAUGAAACACGUGUAACACAAAUGUAACACAGGUAUAACACACACACACAUGUUCCACAGGUGUAACACAUGUGUAAAACAGGUGUAACACAUGUGUAACAAAGACGUGUGUAAGAGCCAAAUGUUGUGUAGGUAAAUGUAUGUUUUAUCUAUACACUGGGUGGCGCUGUUGCUGGUAUUUUGUACGCCUAUAUUAAUCACCAUGUAAUUGGCGACAGCAGGUAUUUUGACCCCGGAACGGGAAAAAUGUUUUGACCGUAUCACGGUGAGCUGGUAGGCUGUUUUGUACCGGACUUCACACAAUUAAAACCUAUGAAUAACA